GAAUUAUGAAUUACAAAUUUCCCUGAAUAAACUGGAUUGAAUUACAAAAAUUAAAAUAUAUUAAAGAACGAUAAAUAUAUUUUUUUAAAUAUUUGAAUUUUUUGGAAAAUAUUUACACGAUUUUGAAAUGAGUGGUAAAUUACAAGCUUCUGCUAGUUCACAUGAAAUUGCAGUUUCUAGUUCAUCAAAGGCCAGUGCUAUUUCUAAUCCUAAAGCUAACAAUAAAUGUUUUGAAUUGUUCUUAAGUUGCUUUAGAAUUAAUUCCAAAAAGGAGUCCUUAGAAGACAUUGUAAAUAGUAAUGCCAAAGAAUAUGAUUAUAUUGUUGAGAAACUUAUAGUAAAACGCGUACCUUUCAUUUUCUUUUCUAUGUCAGAGAACGCUUUAAAGAACAAAAUUAAUCCUGAAAGUAAAAGUAAUUCUAUUAAAGAUGGCCUGCAAUUGCAAACAACAUCAAAUAGUACACAUUCAGCUGUGUCAGAAACCCAAUCGUUAUUAUAUUAUUCUAAUAGAUUUGAUCCAAAUAUGAUAUCCUUACAAACUUCUAAUAAAUGUUUAUACUUUGAUAAAAAUACAUUUACAUUGAAUGAGAGAAAUAAAAAACAUACAUUAUCCAAUGAUUACCAUACUAGAAUAACUGAAUUGAUGAAUACUAUGAGUAGUUUACAUCCAGAUUUGAAAGAACAUGAAAGACCACCAAAAGAUUGUUGUCCUUUAAAUAUGCCAAAAGACAAAAGUGUUAUGUCUGCAAAAAUGUCUCUUAAGGGAUUAAGAAAUAACAUACCUCAGGAGCAAGAGAUAUUUAAAUCACAAUCUUUUAUUCAAGAAGCAUUUCUAAAGAAAAAAGAGUUUAGGAAUGUAGAUGAAAUUAAAUCAAAAAAUGAUCAAAAAAUUUAUAGUUUGAAUCAAAUGGAAUAUAUGAAUUUGGAUAAUCUUCAAGCUAAUUCUUCUAAAAUUAAAAAGUCUAGUAUCCAAUCUGUUCAUAAAGUUUCUUGUAACUCAGCAAAUUUUGUGCAACCAAUUAUUGAUAUGAAUCAAAUGAAUAUAGAAAACAAAACAAAUAAUAGACGAUUGCAAUAUAAUCACCAAUCUUCGAUAAAGCAAUCUAAAACAUUAUCUGAAAACAUUGUAAACACUGAUCCUUCAAGUACAGUAUUAAGGUGGAAUAUCAUUAUAAAGCAUUGUAAGUCAAAAACAUAUUCUUCCAAAAAAAUGAGAAAAUAUUUCAAUAUAAGCUAGCAGAUUCAAAUAUGUAU